GGAGUAAAAUUAAAGAUAGGCUGGAGGAAUGGAGGCUAACUAGAACACGGACUGAUAGCAUGGCCUGAGCCUUUGACCUACAGCACACUGGCAUCGUGUUUGGGACAAGACGGUAACCGACCGGAUACUUGUUAUAAUCGCUAAGAAGAAAAGACGCAGCUAGAGGUACCGCCUCAACCCGGAAGUAAAGCGGUGAGGUCGUCAUGGGGAGCAAAGUCAGCUCCAAAAUGGCAGCUCCCGCCGCCCGAGUUAUUCAGGCUGUGAGGCCUCAUGCUCCUCUGAUCAAAUUCCCCAACAGACAAAGCCUCCCAAAGCCCAAUGUCCAAGAGGCAUUAAAGACACUAGCAGUUAACCUUCAACAACACACUUCCGGGUCCCCUUCAGCUGCUGCAUUGCCUCAGUUAUCACGACCACAUGUACCUUUGACCCUGAUCCCUGGCACACCAGACACCCUGGCCUCUAUUCAGCUACUUCCUGCAAGGUACCGCAGGAGACCGUUAGCAGCCGAUGAAAUGGAAUACAUUCAGCGAGGUGGACCAGAAUGACUCAACCCGAUCACUGCAGCCAAAGUCUUUAUCCAUGGAUCAAUCUGUGUCUUUAACUCCUCCGCACAAGAACCUAAUGCCACAUGAGACAUGAUGUAGAAUAAAGUAUUUCAUGAAUCCUGUUGAAAUGUACAUAUGUUUAUUUUUGUAGAUGUUAUUCUUGAUUGUAUUUUACGUUCAUACUAUAAGGCAUCUUCAUAGCAGCCACAAAAGACCAGAACCACAUCUCCUCAUUUUAUCCUUUUAAUGUAUCAUACUGCAACUUCUUGUUGUUGUUCACCCCUGGUUUAAACAUUAUAUUCAAUAUUUAAUUUUGUGACAUAUUUUAAUGUUUGACUUGAAGUUACGAAUGGAAAUCCAAGCAUUAAGCUUAGAUAAGUCUUUGACUGCAAUAAACCGACUCAUCUGUCUCUAUGAACUGAGCUACAUACAUGGGUAAAGGUGGAAACUGAAUGAAGUGGAUGAAAUGCCAUUCAAGUGAACGGCUGGAUUUUAAUGAUUAAAGGAAUAUUGCAUUUUA